AUGGCCGUGGUGGAGCAGCGGCGGCGGAGCGCCGGUGUUUGCGUUCUGGCUGCAGGGGCAGCUACGGCCUACCGGAACCGGCAUAAAAAGGAUCAGGGAGGCAACAUGGUGCUCACCGAGGGCCUGAAGUGGAGGAUACUGCAGUGCAGGAUGGCCGGCGUCGAGAUUCGGUGGCGGUGCUUGACAGAGCUCGUGGGCGAGGUCUUUGCUGGACGGCUCCGGGCUUCUGAUCCCCACGAGCGGGUUCUGCGUCGCGAUGCGAAGCCAGGGAGGUGGUUCGCCGAGAGGACCAGGGCCGUGGGGCUCGUCGUGCCGGAGUGGGGGCCGCAUGUGGAGAUCCUGGGCCACCGCACAGUCGGCGGGUUCCUGACGCACUGCGGGUGGAACUCGGCGCUGGAGGCCAUGGCCGCGGGCGUGCCGGCGCUAGCGUGGUCGCUGUUCGCCGAGCUGCGGAUGAACGCGGUGAAGCUGGCGUCGGAGCACGUCGGGCUGGCGCUGCGGGCGAGCUCGAGGGCGGACGGGGUGGUGCCGCGGGAGGAGGUGGCCACGGCGGCAAAGGAGCUGAUGGUGGGGGAGAAGGGCGCCGUGGCGCGGGAGAGAGCGCGCGAGCUGCGGGCGGAGGCGCGCAAGGCGUCGGUGCCAGGCGGGCCCGCAGGCCCCGCACACCAGGCGCUCGCGGCCCUCGUCGACAGGUGGAAAUGUGCUGCUGCGAGCCCGGCGGUUAACGAUGCAGCUGGUGGUGGACUGUGA